CAUAAGUUUGCGUGAGUUAUGUUCAUUUUUUCGAGUAUAAGAGAGUAUUUUUGGAGUAUAUUUAUUAAUUUAUUGUGAUGUUGACAUAAUUGUUGAUGAAAAUUGAUAAAUAGUUGAAUAAUAGAUAUAGUAGAUAUUGAUUAGUAAAUAAACUUUUAUAAUAGGUAGACAAAAUCGUAUUUUGUGUACUUUAUUUGUAAAAAAUGGAUCGUGAAUCAAAUUCAAAACUUCGACGGAGUCCAUUCCAUGAACGUUCGAGGAGGGAGAUUGAUCGGUAUCAUCAAGACAAGAAAAAUAAACGCAAUAGAUAUGAAUCAAGGCAUAGAAGCUUGUCUGAUAGUGAACAUAACGACUAUGAAAGACGUAGAAAAGAUGAUCGAGAAAAUAGGAAAAGACGGAGAUCAAGAAGCCCUCGUAAAAAUAAAGAACAAAAAAAUUCUCCAAAGAUACAAGAGGAGGAGGAUAAAGAGUUGGCCAAUAUUACACCAGCACAGAAAAAAACGGUAGAUUUACUUACUUCAAAAACUGGAGGAGCAUAUAUUCCUCCAGCUAAAUUGAGAAUAAUGCAAGCAGAGAUAACGGAUAAAUCAUCUGCUGCAUAUCAACGUAUUGCAUGGGAGGCUCUCAAGAAAUCUAUUCACGGUUACAUCAAUAAAGUUAAUACGAGUAAUAUUGGAUUGAUUACAAGAGAAUUAUUACGCGAGAAUAUUGUAAGAGGACGUGGUUUAUUAGCACGAUCAAUUAUUCAAGCUCAAGCUGCUUCGCCAACUUUUACACCAGUUUAUGCAGCUUUGACUGCUGUUAUUAAUUCCAAAUUUCCCAAUAUCGGAGAAUUAUUAUUAAAACGAUUAGUUAUUCAAUUUAAACGAGGCUUUAGGAGAAAUGACAAGCCUUUAUGUAUUUCUUCUGGACUAUUCAUAGCACAUUUAGUUAAUCAAAGUGUCGCUCAUGAAAUUUUAGCUUUAGAAUUACUUACUUUACUAAUCGAAACUCCAACAGAUGAUUCAGUAGAAGUAGCUAUAGCAUUUUUAAAAGAAUGUGGUAUGAAACUUACCCAAGUUUCAAAAAAAGGAAUUGAAUCAAUUUUUGAAAUUUUAAGGAAUAUCCUUCAUGAAGGUCAGUUGGAUAAAAGAGUCCAGUAUAUGAUUGAGGUAGUAUUUCAAAUUCGAAAAGAUGGAUUCAAGGAUCAUGUGGCUGUUAGUGAAGAAUUAGAUUUAGUUGAAGAAGAAGAUCAAUUUACGCAUACAAUAGAAUUGGCCCAAUCUAUUGAUGGCGAAGAUAUUUUGAAUGUAUUUAAAUUUGAUACAGAUUAUGUGAAAAAUGAGGAAAAAUAUAAA